UUAAUUAACGUAAAACGUGCGGAAUCGCUUGUGCUUGGUGGGCAAAAGGAAGGUCUCAUCUGAUCUCCCUCCCUCCCUCCUCCUCGUCGUCGUCUUCCUCCUGCCCAUCUUCGUUUGGAUUCCUUUCCGCUCCUGCUUGCUACAGUAAAAGAUGCGCGCCCCUUUCCCCCGGUAGGUGGACGAGAAACCAGAUGAUGAUGAUGGCCGCCGCCGCCGCCGCCGCCAAAUCUCCCCCGUCCCCCACCGCCUCUUCCCGCCCGCAGCCCCGCGCCGCCUUCCUCUCCCCCAGCCUCGCCCUCAGACCCCGCCGCGCCUCGCUGCUCGCCACGCCCGCCCCGGACGCCACGCCCGCACCGGACGCCGCCACCAACCCCUUCGCCGUGCUCCUCCAGGUGCCCCGCACGCUCUGGCGCCGCACCCUCCACCCCCUCGGGGACUACGGCUUCGGCACCCGCAGCGUCUGGGAGGGCGGCGUCGGCCUCUUCAUGGUCUCCGGGGCCGCGCUCCUCGCCCUCGCCCUCGCCUGGCUCAGGGGCUUCCAGCUCCGCUCCAGGUUCCGCAAGUACAACACCAUCUUUGAGUUCACGCAGGCAUGCGGGAUCUGCGUCGGCACGCCCGUCCGGAUACGAGGGGUCACCGUCGGAUCCGUCGUCCGCGUCGACUCAUCCCUCAGGAGCAUCGAUGCGUUCGUCGAGGUUGAGGAUGAUAAAAUCAUUAUACCACGUAAUUCAGUGGUUGAGGUGAACCAGUCUGGUCUUCUAAUGGAGACACUCAUUGAUAUCACACCAAAAGAUCCACUCCCUGCACCUUCACUAGGACCACUACACCCUGAUUGUACCAAAGAAGGUUUGAUUCUCUGUGACAAAGAGAGGAUGAAAGGACAACAAGGAGUGAGCUUAGAUGCAUUGGUUGGAAUAUUUACCCGUCUAGGAAGAGACAUGGAGCAAAUCGGUGUUACCAAAAGCUAUAAGUUGGCUGAAAAGGUUGCAUCUAUAAUGGAAGAAGCACAACCUCUUCUUACACGGAUUGAAGCCUUAGCAGAGGAAAUUCAGCCUAUGCUCUCUGAGGUUCGUGAUAGCGAUCUACUGAAGGAUGUAGAGACUAUAACUAAAGGCCUGGCUGAUGCGUCUGGUGACUUGAGAAGGCUCAAGUCAUCCAUGCUUACCGCAGAGAACACGGAUCUGAUUAAGCAGUCUAUUUUCACCCUUAUAUUUACCCUUAAGAACAUUGAGAGUAUCAGCUCGGACAUCUCUGGCUUCACGGGUGACGAGACGACACGGCGGGACAUCAAGCUUCUGAUCAAGUCUCUUAGCAGGCUGUUGUGAUUGGUUGUGGAUGAUGAUUGCUGGAAUUGAUGUUGGUAGAGUAGGGCGGCUGUCUGUCUUGUUGACACUGAGGUAGGAUGAGAAGGAAUAGCUAAUUAUUGUUCCGCAAGGUUUUGGUGGUUUUUUGUUGCAAGUUUUCCGAACAGUCUAAAUUCGAUCGGUCUUCCAACCGAGCAAAAGAAAAGGAGAGCAAGCAUGAGGGGUAAUUACUCCCUACUUGCCGAGCUCUGUUAUCUUCAGUCAUUCGUAUAAUGUAAUAGGCACAUCUUUUUUGGUAUUGACUCGGCUGAUGUUCCUUGUUGGCUGAGCAAGCGUGUAACAAGUGAAGUGCACAGAGUUGUUGCUA